AUGGCAUAUGCGCCGAUUUUUCUCACUCUAUCCGUGUUAUGUGUUAUAUUUUAUUAUUAUUUAAAAAGGAGCAAACAGUUCUGGAAAAGGUUUAAUGUCGUCGGACCAGAGCCUGACUUGUUGUUCGGCAACUACAAAGAGCUUAUAUUCAGGCGGACUACAAAUCCCGAGUUACAAGAACAAAUUUACAGAGCUUAUCCUAAAGAGAAAGUAGUCGGUUUAUACCGUUUUAAUACACCGAUGCUUCUCCUGAGAGACUUGGACCUCAUCCAGCAAGUGUUUAUUCGUAAUUUCGACAGCUUUGUGAACCGCGGUGCGGAGUUUGGCGAUAAACUCGGUGACAAUUUGGCGGGAAGCAGCGAUGACACGUGGAGGUUGCUGCGCAGCCGUCUCUCACCCAUAUUCACUUCAGGCAAACUGAAGAACAUGUUGUAUCUAAUGGAGAGGUGCGGCGAUAAAAUGCUGGAGUAUUUGGAGCCGAAAACCUCAACCGCCUAUGAGUGCGAUAUCAUAAGUAUCAUUAAAAAGUACACAGUCGCUUCAAUAAGCGCUUGCGCUUUCGGCGUCGAUAUGGACCUGAAUAACCCCGACAAGAAACUCGAGCAGAUCGACAAAAUGAUAUUUACGCAGUACUACGCGUUAGAGCUGUUCUUCAUAUGCCCUGGGUUGCUAAAAAAAAUGGGUGUCAACGUUGUGCCUAAAGUGAUCCACGAUUACUUCGUAAGCUUGGUGAAUGUUAUCAAAAAACAACGCAACGGUGUACCGUCCAACAGGAAAGACUUCAUGGACUUACUUUUGGAGAUGAAGAACAUGAGUGAGUUGAAAGGAGCCCAAAAGAAUGAAAAUGAUGAAGCCAAAGUGCUCCAAAUCACAGACACGUUGAUAGCAGCGCAAGCCAUGAUAUUCUAUGCAGGUGGAUUCGAGACGUCUGCUACCACCGUCUCUUUCUUACUUCACGAACUAGCAAAGCACCAGGAUAUCCAGGACAAAGUAGUCGCUGAGAUAAAAGAUGUUCUCGACGAAAGUAACGGAGAAAUUAACUUGGAUACUUUCAAAAAGUUGACUUAUACGGCGCAAGCGAUCGAUGAAACGCUUCGAAUGUAUUCCAUUGCUGAUCUGCAGCGGAAAGUGUCUGCACCAUCUUGGACAAUACCAGGCACAAAUAUCACUUUGAAGAGGGACGAUUAUGUGGUUGUACCCACCAGGGGAAUCCAUUUCGAUGAGAAAUACUAUCCUGAUCCUUAUAAAUUCGACCCCGAAAGGUUUUCGCCGGAAAACGUGAAGUCCAGGCAUCCAUGUGCUUACAUGCCGUUCGGUCUUGGACCACGACAUUGCAUUGGGAUGCGCUUCGCCAAGAUCCAGUCUAAUACACACAUCAAAAGUGUCUAG